GCUGGUUACGGGGGUCGCCCCAGCGCGCCCCUCCUCAGCAGAGCAGGGACGCCGUCGGGAACGUGAUGGCGGCGAGCACUGAGCCAGAGCGCAGAAGAAGAUUCAGGAGAAGGAAGUGUGACUGAACCUUGAUGGGUUACACGCCGAUUUUCUUUGAUUUGGAAACAACUGGAUUGGGAGUUCCUAAAAUGACUGGUGGUGGGGAGGAAGAUUAUGAAGACAAAGGCAGAGCAGAGAACCAUGUGGUGGAAUCUGAGAAAAGAAGAGUGUUGUGCGGCUUUCCAGGAAGAGGCACGUGUGACAUCAUCCAGAUAGGGGCCGUGUGUGGCAUGCGGACCUUCAACGCCUACAUCGUCCCCCACCGCACCAUCACCACAAGGGCUUUCAAGCUCACGGGGUUCUCAGUGAAGAAUGUCAUUCUGUACUGCUACGGUGUGGCCAUGGAGACCAUCCCACUCGAAGAAGCUCUCACUUCCUUCAUCGAUUUCCUGGACUCUUUCUGGGGGCCCGUGUACCUGGCGACCCACAAUGCCCAACGCUUUGAUGCCCCCAUCCUUGAAAGGGUACUGUGGGAGUCCUCCCUCCUGUGGGAGUUCCAGAGAGUCAUGCCCAACUAUCUGGACACCUUAGUGCUCAGCAGGAGGAUGUUCAACAAUUUACACAGCUACUCCUUGCCUUACCUGGUGGAUCGCUUUCUAAUGAGGAAAUAUGGCGCCCACAGCGCGCUGGAGGAGGCCAGGAUUCUGCAGGCGCUCUUUUACGUAUGGAAUCCAGGCAGGAAAGCCGUGUUGAAGUCCUUGUUUUAGAGCAUAGGUGUCAAACUCAAGGCCCGGGGGCCAGAUCCGGCCCGCCACAUCAUUUUAUGUGGCCCGCGAAAGAAAAUCAUGUUUGUCAACUUCUGUGAUUUUUGCUAAAAUCUGUACCCAAAUUCCAAAUUGUCAUAAUCCUAAACAAUAAUGUUGAGAUAUUGCAUUUUUCUGUGACCAAACCCUUCUUCAAUAGUAACUUAAACAAUACUUGCACAAACUCUUAUCCUUGUCUUCUGAUUUCAAAACUAGUUAUCCCUCAAUUUGUUGUGUAAUGGUAAUAAUAUGUUUUGGUGAUGAUUAAACAUUUAUAUGGUUUCACUGUUCUAACGGCCCUCUGAGGGAAAUCAUAACUACAAUGCGGCCCUGUUCUAAAGCAUGUGUCACUCACCGCUACUUGCCUCAUUCGCUUUGUUCAUCAUCAUCAUCUAGACUGCUUAUACCGUUCAUAUUCCGGUUUAUCUUUACCCCGUUUUGUGUGUGUACAAGUACUUUUCUAUUCUUUUUUCCUGUUAUCUUUUUAAACUUGUGCAAUUCAGAUUCAGUUUAUUUGAAUGUUUUUCUUGUUCCCUGCUAUUCUAAACUUGUGUGGGAAAGAUAUUCCUUUCCUUGAGCUAUUUUUGUAAAAUCUUUCUAGUGUUAAAUCCUAUACGGGUGAGUAUAGGAUUCUGUAUUUUCUACUGCAGUGAUGGUUGACUUUCUAGAACUUUCUCCUAUCUCCCGACUGCAUCUCUGGAGCUCAGCCACAGUGAUCUUUGGGUUCUUCAAUACCUCUCUCAACAACGCUCUUCUCCCCUGAUUGCACAGUUUGGCCGGACGGUCAGCUCUAGCAAGGGUUCUGGUUGUCCCAAAUGUCUUCCAUUUCAUGAUCAUGGAGGCCAUUGUGCUCUUAGGAACCUUAAGUGCAGCAGAAUUUUUUUUGGGAACCUUGGCCAGAUCUGUGCCUUGCCACAAUUCUGUCUCUGAGCUCUUCAGGCAGUUCCUUUGACCUCAUGAUUCUCCUUUGCUCUGACAUGCACUGUGAGCUGUCAGGUCUUAUAUAGACAGGUGUGUGGCUUUCCUAAUCAAGUCCAAUCAAACACAGCUGGACUCCAAUGAAGGUUUAGAACCAUCUCAAGGAUGAUCAGAAGAAAUGGACAGCACCCGAGUUAAAUAUGAGUGUCACAGCAAAGGGUUUCAAUACUUAUGCCUGUGUGAUAUUUCAGU